GACCUCUGUCUGGGUCUCCAGUGCGAGUGGAAAGAACCAAAGUGCUUGGACCAUCGUGUGCUGCCUCCUUGGUGUGUUAGCAGCUACACCAAGUCAGAGUGUAGCAUAGCCGCGAUGCCAGUCAGGUAUUUUUUGAAAGCCUGCACCAUGGAUAACAUGAAGAAGCAGCAUGAAAGUGGAGAGGACCUUCUGCUUCGUGUGGGUCUGAAUGACAACAAAGCAGGCAUGGAAGGGCUAGACAAGGAGAAGAUUAAUAGAAUUAUAAUGGAAGCUACAAAGGGGUCUAGAUUUUAUGGAAAUGAACUCAAGAAAGAAAAGCAGGUUAAUCAGCGGAUUGAAAAAAUGAUGCAACAAAAAGCUCAAAUUACCAACCAGCAGCUAAGGAAAGCACAACUACAGGUGGACAGAUUUGCAAUGGAAUUGGAACAGAACCGGAAUCUGAGUAACACCAUGGUCCAUGUAGACAUGGAUGCUUUCUAUGCAGCUGUGGAGAUGAGGGACAACCCAGAGCUGAGAGACAAGCCCAUUGCUGUGGGCUCGAUGAGUAUGUUGUCUACUUCAAAUUACCAUGCAAGAAGGUUUGGUGUCCGAGCAGCCAUGCCAGGGUUUAUUGCCAAGAGACUCUGCCCACAGCUUAUUAUAGUGCCCCCAAACUUCGACAAGUAUCGAGCGGUGAGUCAGGAGGUUAAGGAAAUACUUGCUGAUUACGAUCCUGACUUUAUGGCUAUGAGUCUAGAUGAAGCCUACUUAAACAUAACAAAGCACUUAGUGGAAAGACAGAGCUGGCCCGAGGACAAAAGAAGGUACUUCACCAAAAUGGGAAACCCUGCAGAAAAUGCUACAGCAAGCAAGGAAGCAGACACGCUGGGCGAACAUGACGGCACCAUCUCCCCGCUCCUGUUUGAAGACAGCCCACCUGACGUGCAGCCACUGGAAAGUCCUUUCCACGGAAAUGGUGAAGAACAAAGCAGUCCUCAAGUGCUCCAGAACUCCGUUGUUUUUGGAACGUCAGCAGAGGAAGUGGUGAAGGAAAUUCGUUUCCGAAUUGAGCAGAAAACAGGACUGACGGCCAGUGCAGGUAUUGCCCCAAAUACAAUGUUAGCUAAAAUAUGCAGUGAUAAGAAUAAGCCAAACGGACAAUACCAGGUUCUUCCCACUAGACAAGCCGUGAUGAACUUCAUCAAGGACUUACCCAUUCGGAAGGUUUCAGGAAUAGGAAAAGUUACAGAGAAAAUGUUAAAGGCCCUUGGAGUUGUCACCUGUACCGAGCUCUACCAGAAGAGGGCGCUGCUUUCUCUCCUGUUCUCAGAAACGUCUUGGCAUUACUUCCUUCACAUCUCUCUGGGUCUAGGUUCAACACACCUGGCAAGGGAUGGAGAGAGGAAAAGCAUGAGUGUUGAGAGAACAUUCAGUGAGAUAAGUCAAGCAGAAGAACAGUACAGCCUAUGCCAAGAAUUAUGCAGGGAUCUUGCUCAAGAUCUCCAAAAAGAAGGACUUAAGGGUCGAACCAUUACCAUCAAGCUCAAAAAUGUGGACUUUGAAGUGAAGACACGAGCUUGUACAGUUUCCUGUCCUGUUUCUACUGCAGAAGAGAUAUUUGCUGUUUCUAAGGAGUUACUGAGGACUGAAAUUGAUGCUGAUUUUCCACGUCCCUUAAGAUUAAGACUUAUGGGUGUCCGGGUGUCCGGUUUUCCCAGUGAAGAGGACAGGAAACAGCAGCAAAGGAGCAUCGUGGGCUUCCUGCAGGCUGGACACCAAGUCCCACCAGCCACAGGCCCUGCACCAGAGGGAAUGGGUACAGACCUGUUGGCAAAAUCCCCAGAAACCACUCCUAAAAAAAAGAGUUUCUUUGAUAAGAAACGAUUGGAAAGGAAAGAGGGUCACCAAGAUGCACUGAAAUGUGAAGGUACAGAUGAGCAAAAUCUACAGACCUCACACACAGUCCAAGUUUUAAAGAGGACAAUGAAUGAGAACCUGGUAUCAGAGAGUCUACUCAGCCUGGGCCCCUUUACCUGUCCUGUGUGCUGUCAGGAGCAAGGAGGCAUCAGUCUGGAGGCCUUCAACAGGCACGUGGACACAUGCCUUGAGGCACCUUCAGGCAGGGAGGCCUCCCGAGUGUGGUCAGGGUCACGGGCUGCUGCCGCUGAAGUCAGCAACAAGGAAAACGCACACUGCUCGUUCUCCUGUGGCGAGAAGCAGGAUGACCAGGCCCCACAGAAGAGUGCAGGCCUCGCCACUGGAGGCCCUGUGGACCUCUCAUCUGAACCACCAAGUGCAGGCACUUCAAGUCCUAACCGCAGCAAGGAGGACCAUGCUGACCUCCCACAACACAGCUACCACAACUCUGCGUGGGAAGGCCAAGGGGCCAACCUACUGGGGCAGGAGUGCACCCACCCGGACGUAUGUGAGAUCACCGCAGGCCAAGCUCUGGUGUGUCCUGUCUGUAACCAGGAGCAGAAGACGUCAGAUCUUACCCUGUUCAACGUGCAUGUGGAUAUUUGCUUAAAUAAAGAUGUUAUCCAUGAACUGAGAAACAAUCAGGACAAUCUAGUUCCUCAACUCAAAGAAAAUUCUAGAAGUGCUGAAACCAGUUCGAGCAGAGUACGGAAGACUUCAGCAAAAACAAAAAGGCCAACACUGAUGAAAACCCACUCAGCGUCAAAAAAAGCCAAGCCAAGCACCACCACACAGACUAUCGAUACUUUCUUUAAAUGAACAUUGCAUAUUUUAGGGUUAACUUUUAAUUGAAAAUAUUUUAUAAUCAAUGAAUUUAUUUUAAUUUACAAAUCCUUUAAUGGAGACAGCUGCAUAAUCCCUCCCUAAAUGGCAUUUUUUUCUGAGAAUGUGGAAUAUGUUCAGAUUUACUUAUAAGAAUGUGCAAUACAUACGAGUUUACUUCUGUGUACCUUUGCCUUAACACGCGAACUUCCAUUAUCAGUGAAAAUCAAUCCUUUAGAGACUAUUUUAAAAAGAGAAGCAGGAAUGAAAUAAGAAAGUGAUUUGUUACUUUUACACUGGACAUAAACCACAGGGGUCAGGGCUCUUAGUGGCCCCUAAGUACUUGUCCACGGGGAUCAGGGCUCUUA